AUGCGCUCAACAGCAACCUCACGUCCCGACGAAAGUUUCCAAAAAAUAAAUACGGCUAAUAUAGCACAGAGCCCAAUUGCAUUCCUACAGAUAAAUUUACAGAGGGCACAAGCAGCGACAAAUAGAGCAGUAGCAUUUGCCAUCGAGCACAGUAUCGACUUCAUUCUAGCACAAGAACCGUACACACGAAAUGGCCAAGCAGUGGGAUUCCCACUUAAAUGGACGAUAUAUCAGCAGCAAGAGAAGACGCAACCGCCCCGCGCUAUCCUAGUAUGUUGUCAACCUAACUGGACUCCUCUGAUUAAUGAGCAGCAAAGAGACUUAAGUGCAGUCCUUCUUCCUGCCAGCAAUUUCUCCUUUCUACUCAUGUCGCAAUAUGCUUCCCCAGCUGAGGAUUUAGAAACCACGAUUGAACUAGCACAGUCAGUUCUCCAACGUACCAAGCUGCCAAACGUCAUCAUAGCUGGAGAUUACAACGCUCAUCAUACCAACUUGGGCUACAACAGUACCGACACCAGAGGAAGACAACUUGAGGAUUUCUUAUCAACACAUAAUCUCAUUCUCCAUAAUUCCAUAGAUUCUCCACCAACCUUUGACAGAAUUUUUGCUGUUGGCUGGCCGGAUUUGACCCUCUCUACGGUGCCGAUAGCACAGCAUGUGCAGGACUGGAAGGUAGAAGAAGCUGAUAGCUUAUCAGACCACAAAUUUAUCACCUUCAAAAUCAAUAGCCUACCACAAAUAGAAAUUAUUAAACGUUAUAACAUGCCAUCAAAUAAGAAGCGACAGUUCUCUCGGAAAAUUGAUCAAAGAUUAAGCAAUCUAACCCCAGUCCUAAAAAAUGCCAAUACACAAAGUGAUAUGGAAUCGCUAACCGACGACAUCAUGAAAACCCUUCAUGACACCUGCGAAGAGCUCUUACCAACAAGAUCCAAAAAGAAAUUAAACGCCACUAACUGGUGGAACACAGAGCUCACCAUCCAACGGAAAAAAAUGCCGUGCGCUCAGACGCAGAUUAAAGCACGAACGGCGUAA